AUGGAAUCCCAACCAGAGACCAUUGUUUCUAAGGAUGAACUUCGCAAAGGACAGAAAGUUCUUUACCACCCUGUUGGCGGUGGACAACAAGUGACCGAGGGUAUUAUUAAAGAUAUUAUUACUGAGCCAGAGCUUGCUGGAAGCACUCAAAAGCGGGUACAAGCAAGCGAGGAAGAGCCACGAAUCCUGAUUGAGAAUCUCAACACUCAUAAGGAAACCGCAUAUAAGUUAGAGAAUAUUGAACAAAUUCUCGAAAAAUAA